CAAUGGCAACAAGCACAAAGGUGCACAAUGAACCACCGCCAGGAAUACGUCUCAGGCCCCUACUACUUUCUGACCUUGCGACUCUGCUGGAUAUUCAUGACAAAAUAUUCCCCCACGGGAAUGAAGACCCUUCAUUAUUUUACGAACAAAUGUUAUCAAAUGAAGAUUCUGAUGACAAGAUGAUGACAUUGGGAGCUGUUGACAGUAGUAGGCCAGAUGAUAAAAGUGAUGAAAUCAUUGGAUACGUAGUCACAACUAAAAUUGUUAAUGCAAGCGACAGUGAGAUAGCGGAUAAUAUAGUUGCAGCAGGUGAGUCAUCAGAUAAAUUAGACAAUAAGAGUUUGGUGUAUGUUAUGUGGCUGGGAGUAUUGGAAGCAUAUAGGAAUCGAGGAAUAGGAACUUAUUUGAUGAGGGAGGUUAUAAAGUAUGCUUCGAGGAUUCCAACAUGCGUGGGCAUUUACCUGCACGCGGUUGCUGAGAAUAAGGCAGCAAUUAAGUUGUACAAGAAAUUGAAGUUCAAGUGUGUUAGAAGGUUAAGGAACUAUUAUCCAAUCAAUGGCAAGCUUUAUGAUGGAUUAUUAUUCGUCCACUGUCUUAAUGGUGCACGCUGUUAUCGCUCACCAAAGUAUAUAUUCGUUAACAUAUUUAUAGAUGUUGUGACAUUAAUGUUGGGGCACGUGAGAAGUGGGUUGAAGUCAGUGGGUACUAGGCUGCGCAAGAUUAAACAAGAAAGCCAGCACCGUUCAUGAACAUAUUUAAAUUUGUUCUUUUUCUUCUUUUAUUUAUUUAUUUAUUAUUUACUGUAUAUUUCAAUAGAAAAAUUUCAUCUUACAAAUGAUUUGGUAG